UGCUACUGCGCUGCCGCUGCCACCGCGGGGAAGCCGCUGCGCCCAGGGCUCGGCGCGGUCGGAGAGCCGGAGCGUGGCCCGUGCGAGUGAGUGUGAGCGCGCGCGCGCCCCGGAGCCUCGCAGUGCGCCUGGACCGUGCGCCGCCUCCUCUCCCGGGGGGUGCAGGGGGGAGUGUCCCGGGCGCGGAGUGCCCGAGUGUCCAGUCCUAGCGGGAGAGCGUGUGUGUGCUGGCCCCUGCUGCCCCCUCCGCCCCCUCGGCCCCUCGCUGGGGUUCUCGGCUCUCCUUCCCCCCCUGCCUCCCUCCCGGCUCUGCGUGCCCAAACCCCAACCACCUGUGCACCCGAGAAACCCAACUCCUCCCGCUCCGCGCCCCGGGGGGAAGGCAGGGGCAGGGCCAAGCCGCAGAGGGGGCCGCUGCCGCCUCCUGCCUCCUCGCCGUCUCCUCCCCCUCCCCGGUCUGACGCUGCCUCCUCGGGAAGGGUGUUUGGAGGGCAGCGGCCGCCCCAAGCCGAAGCCCCGCAGCGCUUCUUAUGAUCAGCUCGGUGUGUGUCUCCUCCUACCGCGGGCGCAAGUCGGGGAACAAGCCUCCAUCCAAAACAUGUCUGAAGGAGGAGAUGGCCAAGGGCGAGGCGUCGGAGAAGAUCAUCAUCAACAUCGUGAUCAACGUGGGCGGCGUGCGCCAUGAGACGUACCGCUCGACGCUGCGCACCCUGCCGGGGACGCGGCUGGCCUGCCUGACCGAGCCGGAGGCGGCGGCGCGCUUCGACUACGACCCCGGCACGGACGAGUUCUUCUUCGACCGGCACCCGGGCGUCUUCGCCUACGUGCUCAACUACUACCGCACGGGCAAGCUGCACUGCCCUGCGGACGUGUGCGGGCCGCUCUUCGAGGAGGAGCUCACCUUCUGGGGCAUCGACGAGACCGACGUGGAGCCCUGCUGCUGGAUGACCUACCGGCAGCACCGCGACGCCGAGGAGGCGCUGGACAUCUUCGAGAACCCGGACGGAGGCGGCGGCGGCGCGGGGCCCGGUGACGAGGCUGGCGACGACGAGCGGGAGCUGGCCCUGCAGCGCCUGGGGCCCCACGAGGGAGGCGCGGGCUCCGGCGCUGGGUCCGGGGGCUGCCGCGGCUGGCAACCCCGCAUGUGGGCACUCUUCGAGGAUCCCUACUCCUCCCGAGCGGCCAGGGUGGUGGCCUUUGCCUCUCUCUUCUUCAUCCUGGUCUCCAUCACCACCUUCUGCCUGGAGACCCACGAGGCCUUCAACAUCGACCGCAACGUGACGGAGAUCCACCGCGUGGGGAACACCACCAGCGUGCGCUUCCGGCGCGAGGUGGAGACGGAGCCCAUCCUGACCUACAUCGAGGGUGUGUGCGUGCUGUGGUUCACGCUGGAGUUCCUGGUGCGCAUCGUGUGCUGCCCGGACACGCUGGACUUCGUCAAGAACCUGCUGAACAUCAUCGACUUCGUGGCCAUCCUGCCCUUCUACCUGGAGGUGGGGCUGAGCGGCCUGUCGUCCAAGGCGGCGCGCGACGUGCUGGGCUUCCUGCGGGUGGUGCGCUUCGUGCGCAUCCUGCGCAUCUUCAAGCUCACGCGCCACUUCGUGGGGCUGCGCGUGCUGGGCCACACGCUGCGGGCCAGCACCAACGAGUUCCUGCUGCUCAUCAUCUUCCUGGCGCUGGGCGUGCUCAUCUUCGCCACCAUGAUCUACUACGCCGAGCGCAUUGGCGCCCGGCCCUCCGACCCGCGGGGCAACGACCACACCGACUUCAAGAACAUCCCCAUCGGCUUCUGGUGGGCCGUGGUCACCAUGACGACGCUGGGCUACGGGGACAUGUACCCCAAGACGUGGUCGGGCAUGCUGGUGGGGGCGCUGUGUGCGCUGGCCGGGGUGCUCACCAUCGCCAUGCCCGUGCCCGUCAUUGUCAACAACUUCGGCAUGUACUACUCCCUGGCCAUGGCCAAGCAGAAGCUGCCCAAGAAACGGAAGAAGCACGUGCCACGGCCACCCCAGCUGGAGUCGCCCAUUUACUGCAAGUCUGAGGAGACCUCGCCCCGGGACAGCACCUACAGUGACACCAGCCCCCAUGCCCAGGAGGAGGGCAUGGUCGAGAGGAAACGGGCAGAUUCCAAGCAGAACGGAGAUGCCAAUGCGAUGCUGUCUGACGAGGAGGGAGCUGGCCUCACCCAGCCCCUGGCCUCCGCCCCCACCCCAGAGGAGCGCCGGGCCCUGCGACGUUCCGGCACCCGUGACAGAAACAAGAAGGCAGCCGCCUGCUUCCUGCUCAGCGCCGGGGACUAUGCCUGUGCCGACGGUAGUGUCCGGAAAGAAGGCAAUGUUGAGCCGAAAGCGCGCGUCCCAGUGUCUCACACCUGUGCUCUUUAAACACAGAGACCUGCCAAGACGCCCUCUCGUCCAACUAUGCCCAGGCUGAAGUCCUCACCCUCUCUUAAAGCGGCACCAACGCGAGAGAGACAGGCAGACAGACAGAAAGCCAGAGGCUUAGGGGAACUCUGGAACCCAGGCAAGAAUUUUCGCUGGGCAAGACUCAGAGAUCCUUGUUGGCGCGGGACUGACGGAAAACCUCCCGUGUGACCCUCGGGGCCUGGGGCCAUCUGGGCCUGACAUUUUGUUCUGUUGUACAUUGAAGAGAUAUAUAUGCACAUAUAGUAUCUAUAUUCAUACAUACUAUACUCUUGUGUGUAGUGCACGUGCUAUUGGUGGUCUGUCUUCGUGAGGCUGUCUCCCCAAGCCCUUGCCCCUCCCCCAGGCCCCUGUUCCCUUCCCUUCACCGAUUCCUUGUCUGUGUUGUACGUGCAGCGUGUGGAAUGUUCCAAGAAAAGUGUACCUGGAACUACCCAUCCAGCUGGGUGGUCCCAGGCUAGACUCUCCUGGGGGUGUUUCCCCUGUGGGCUGGUGGCCUGUGAAGGGCCACAUUGCCCCCCAGGGUCACUGCUCCACUAGCCCCAUCCCACCCCAGAUUGGGGUUCUACCUCCCACCCCACGCCCCAGUUGUGGGGGGAUUUCCAGGGGCUUCUCUGCAGCUUCUUCCGCCCCCGCCCCCACCUUACCUGUGUCCUUGACUGAGGGAGUGUUUUGCCUUUUUUUUCUUUUUGGUUUUUCUGUCUCCCUUGUCCGUUUGUUUUCAAAGAUGCUGCUGGGCAGACGAGCAGGGAAGGGGGUCUGUCUGCCCACCGGGCUCAGGGGUCUGAGAAGGGGAAGCCUCGGGCGAGUGGAGACCAGUUGCAAUACUGUACUUCCUGGCCGGUGGCCAGAGGACGAGUGCAAUAGCGGAGGCCGGGUGACCCCUUCAACCUUGGCCUCUGCCCCUCCCUCGGCCCUUCCUCCCCACUCCCAGCCCAGCCCUGCCCCUCCCUGGUGUUUGUCGGUCCUGGUGUUGGUCAGUCCUUUUCUAAAGCUGUCCCCCUCUCGUGUGUCUGAGGCAAGGCUAGGCCAGGGCCCUGUCACCCUGUCUGCAUGCCUUCGACUGUCAUGCUGUGCUCGACCCUCAAUAAAGACAUCUGGAGCGUCUAGCUGCUCCUGCUGUGUGAGUGAC